AUGGGAUUGUGUUUUAGCAAAAACUCUGCCUCCAAAAAUAACGUAGAGAAGACAAAGAAGAAAAAUAAUUAUGUUUAUGGUACUAGAACAACACGGGAUAGCACAACUUGUAGUAGUGGAAGUGUGGCUUAUAUAUACGCUCUAGCGGCUACUGGAGGCGGUGGUUGUGGUGGUGGAGGUGGUGGUGGUGAUGGUUGUGGAGGAGGUGGUGGUGGUUGCGGUGGUGACAGUGGUGGUGGUUGCGGUGGUGGUGGUGGUUGUGGUGGUGGUGGUUGUGGAGGAGGAUGCUAG